CUUUCCCUUUUCCUGUCAUCAACCAAACAGUAAGAAUUAAGGAUACUGUGUUGUUUUUACAUUUAUUAUAAUUAUAAAUAAAUAAAGAAUCGCAUUUACAAUGACCGAUAAAAAUGGAUCGGCCCAGCAACCCAACUACGACAUAUCAAAAUUCAAACUAACAAAAAUUCUUAACAACAAUACAGUAAGGAAAAGCAUUGCUCUGCUUGGAACGUUUCCUGACAUUUCCGAAGUGGACCAGGCUCUUGUAAUAUUCGAAAAGAAUGCUUUUACUGAAAGCGAUGUUCAAACUGAUGGAAGUACUGACAAAUCAUUCUUCUCAUCCAAAACAAAAACAAAUGUUGAAUUCCUGAAUAAUAUCUAUGGAAGCUUCCAAUGUAUACCAGAAAGUGAUCUUAAUUGUAUUAAGACAACUGUUGUAUACCCUGCAACUGACAAACAUAUUGAAAAAUACUCAAUUCAUGCGAAACACCUGAUAGCCGAGACCCCGGCUUUGUAUGAAAAUAUUACUCUUACAUAUCUGAAAUCCAGUCAAUUUUCUUUAGAUUGGGUUUAUAAUAUUCUUGAGCACAAGCAAGAAACCGAACGCAUUGUGUUUGAAGAUCCCGAUCCAGAAAUUGGUUUUGUUCUACUGCCCGACCUUAAAUGGGAUGGACGGACAAUUGAAGCCUUGUACCUUUUGGCGAUUGUACAUAAACGUGAUAUCAAAUCAUUACGUGACCUGAAUAGUUCACAUUUACCAUUGUUAAAAAAUAUUCGCGACAGUGGAAGAAGAGCUAUUGAAGAAAAAUAUGGUAUUCCAGCGUCUCAAAUUCGAAUGUACUUCCACUAUCAACCAUCAUUCUACCAUUUGCACAUUCAUUUUAAUCCGGUCGGAAAUGAUGCACCUGGAAUUUGGUGUGAAAAGUCCCAUAUGCUGGAGACGGUAAUCAAUAACUUGGAGUUGGUUAGUGACUACUAUAAAAGAGCAACUAUACCUUUUGUUGCGUACGAAGGCAAUAAAUUGUUGGAUAUCUAUGACGAGGAGUUAAAUGUGAGAAAGAAAUUAAAGUUAGAUGAAAAUGAACUUACGCCGACAAGUGAAGAUAGUAUCAAUGCAAAAAUUGAGUAAUAAAAAUAAUUACUUUUCAAAAGCUCUGAGUCAUUAAAA